AUGUCCCUCGCAUCCCCCGUCAAGGCUUCCUUGAACCGCAUCGCGUUCAUCACCGGCGCAGGCCAGGGCAUUGGCCGUGCGAUCGCGACACGCCUCGCGCGCGACGGCUACGACAUCUCCAUUGCGGACAUCCCCCAGGCGCAGCCCAAGGUCGACACCGUCAUCGACGAGAUCAAGUCCUACGGCCGCAAGGCCAUCAGCGUCCAUGUCGGUGAGCACCACGUCAGGGAACCGAAGCAGAUCGAGUCCGCGAUCGCGCAGACGGUCGAACAGCUCGGCCCCAGGCUGUUCGUCAGCGUCGCGAACGCAGGCGUUACUCAAGUACGGCCUCUCCUCGAGUGCACGCCCGAGUUCAUCGAGAACGAAGUGCGCAUCAACCUCCUCGGCCUCAUGAACACCCACAUCUUCGCCGCCAAGCAGAUGGUCAAGCAGGGCUUCGGCGGACGCAUCAUCGGCGCAGGCUCCAUCGCGUCCUACCGCACUGCGGAGAACCUCGGCCCGUACGGCGGCACCAAGUUCGCCGUGCGCGGCUUCACGGAGGCGUGCGCCAAGGAGUGGGCGCAGUACGACAUUCGCGUGAACGCGUACGCUCCGGGCAUUGUCGACACGCCAAUGUGGGACCACAUCGACCGCGAGCUCGCGAAGAUCGAGGGCAUCACCGUCGGAGAGGCCAAGGCCGUCCGCGUCAAGCGCGACAUCAAGCUCGGGCGCAUCCAGGAGCCGGAGGACGUCGCAAAGCUCGUCUCCUUCCUCGUAUCGGACGAGGGAGAGUACAUCACCGGCCAGACCGUCAAGACUUGCGGUGGCGCUUCGCUAUAA